ACUCAUCAAACAGUACGCAAAUAGUCCUCACGAUCUAGAUAUAAAUUGCGUUGAUCCGUUAAAUAGAUCAGCACUAGUUGCUGCUAUAGAAAAUGAAAAUAUUGAAUUAAUUAAGCUUCUGUUGGACGAGGGUAUUCUAGUAAAGGACGCGUUACUUCACGCGAUACGCGAAGAGUAUAUAGAAGCUGUAGAACUCCUUUUAGAAUGGGAAGAAAAAAACCACAAAGCUGGAACACCUUACAGCUGGGAGUCUGUAGACAAAGCUACAUCCACUUUCACGCCUGACAUAACUCCUCUUAUUUUGGCAGCACACAAAAAUAACUACGAAAUAAUAAAAUUACUUUUGGAUAGAGGCGCCACAUUGCCAAUGCCUCAUGAUGUCAGAUGUGGUUGCGAUGAUUGCGUCCAAUCAAGUUCCGCUGAUUCACUUAGACAUUCUCUAUCUCGAAUUAAUGCCUAUAAAGCACUCAGUUCGCCAUCUCUGAUAUCGCUAUCUUCACGAGAUCCGCUCUUAACAGCCUUCGAAUUGUCAUGGGAAUUGAGAAGGCUCAGCACAAUGGAAUCGGAAUUUAAAUUAGAAUAUAUUGAUAUGAGAGACCAAGUUCAAGUGUUUGCCACUUCUUUAUUAGACCACGUGAGAACUUCGUACGAAUUAGAGAUAAUGUUAAAUUACGAUCCCCNUCAUUAUGCAUUUUUAAUUAAUUCUCUUCAAAUA